AUGUUGUCGGAGGUGCUGUGGAAAAUAGUCAUCUUUGGACCGUUUUUGGGUGCCAAAGUAGGUGUCGAGACGUUUGACGAGGUGCUGCAUCUUGUCAAGACACGAGAUCAGCACGCUGGCGGUCGGCGUGAUGUAGCUUUCGUGUUUGAGCUGCCCGAGCUCCACCAUGAGUCGCUCGUACACGACUCCGGCAAUGUCGUCGUUGGCGCAAGCCUCGGGGAACGACUGCAGGUCGGAGUCUGUGCGGCCCAGGAGAUGGUCAGUGGAGUAGAUCGACGGCAGCGGCGUGGAGUAGUCCUCGAUGAACCGUUUUGGGUAGUUCGACAGCGAGUCGAUGAUCAACAGACUGUGGAACAGUCGUUUGCAGAUUUCCGUCUGGUAGUCUACGGUCGAGUCGCCGGUUUCCUUGAUGCUAUCCAGACCCAGCGUCUUGGUAGCCUCGAUGGAGACCCGUAG